AUGCCCAAGUUCUUCUGCGAUUAUUGCGAUGUCUACCUCACGCACGAUUCCAUGAGCGUGCGCAAGGCUCACAACAGUGGUCGAAACCAUCUGCGAAACGUGGUUGACUAUUACCAACAAAUCGGCCACGAGAAGGCUCAAUCCGUCAUCGACUCCAUCACCUCUUCUUAUGCUGCUGAAGGUCAAGCACACGCAAAUCCUAUGCUUCCUCAUAAUCAACCUGGACACGGUUUUCCUCCACCUCCCUUCGCGUUCCCAGGUGGUAUCCCUCCUCCGCCUUUCCCGGGGAUGCCAGGUGCGCCUCCUGGACAAUUUCCUCAAGGACUACCUCCCCCUCCUGGCGGUGGUCGAGGCAUGCCCCCCAUGCCCCCAUUCCCCGGGCCCAAUGGCAUGCCUGUCCCUCCUAACGGUCUUCCAUUUCCCCCUCCUCCAGGCGGCUUCCCGUUCCCUCCUCCAGGCGCCCCAGGAGGACCUGGUGCUGCCGGUGGUGCCCCUCCUCCUUUUCCUGGCAUGCCUGGCAUGCCUCCGCCCGGCCAAGGAUUUCCACCACACGGAUUCGCUCCUCCCGGAGCCGGAGCUCCCGGACAUGAGAAGCGAUGA